CAAGGCAAGUUGAGUUUGGAAAUGUCAAAUCCGUGGUCGGUAUUAGUAUUAGUUUACAGCGCUCCUCGAACAGCCAAUCAGUUGGCUGGAGUCAGCUCAGCCUCUGCCGGAGUUGUUUUGGAGCCCGAGCUCAGUGUGACACUGUGCGUAAAAUCUACCUGUCAGACGCAGCGGCGGUGCCAUGGCAGGCAGAGCUGAGCGAGCAAAGUCCAUUCUCACACACACGGAAUAAGUUCAUUUUAAACGGAUGUCAUAAUGUUGCGCUGCGAUAGCAGUUCCCCCCUAUAAACUGACGAUGUGAAGUAGAAAGGUGGGUCCGUCCGUCUCCGUCGACUCAGUUGCGCCGAGGAACGAUGCUGAGCAAAGCUGCGGGAGGAUUUUCCACUUCAGCUAUCAAACUGCCAAACUUUUUUUGGACCUCAUCCUCUGAUCCACUAGACGUCUGAACCUGCCAUCAUGGAGAGCCUCAGUGAGCUCCAGAACCCCCUGCUGGACAAAACCAGCAGACAUGUGGUGCACAACGAUUACCAGGGUUACCAGUGUGACUACUCAAGCCAGCCUUACCAGGACAGCCUCAUCGGCUACUACUACACUGGGACUAAUGACAAGCAUAAGACGCAACAGUUCCUGGACGCCACAUCCCUGCAUCUGGCUGUGGAGGCCUUCUACGGGCCCAACUUUAUCCUGUACAAGGACGACGUGAGCCUUCACAGCAAGGACUCCAAGAGCGAGAGCUUUGAGACCACGUUCACAGAGAGUAAGGACACUGUAGUGGAUGGAGUUUCUACGGAAAACCCUCUGGACAGCGUACAAGGAGAGAAGGAUGCGAAGAUCCAGACGGUGUCGUACGAAGUGGAGGAGGAGCAGGGUCCUGAGUAUGAGAGUGACAGCUCCAGUGACAGCGAGAGUGAGGACAACUUCAUCGUGCUGCCCCCUCGGGAUUACCUGGGCCUAGCCAUCUUCUCCAUGCUCUGCUGCUUCUGGCCCUUGGGCAUCGUUGCCUUUUACUACUCUCACAAGACAGGCAAGGCCAUCUCUAAGGGAGACUUCUCCAGAGCGGGAAUGAGCUCCAGGAGAGCCCUCUUCCUAGCCGCUCUCGCCAUCACCAUUGGAACGGGGAUGUAUGUGGGGGUGGUUGUGGCCCUCAUAGCCUACCUGUCCAAGCCUGGACACGUAUAGCACUGGGACCUGUUAGCUUGGGGGUAGAUGGAGAGAAACGAAAGCAAGAUGGAAAGAAGGGAAUAGACCUCGCCUGGAGGCUGGCUGUAUGCGAAAAGACAAACCCAUAUGAAGAGAAAAGACUAAACCAGAGAGAGAAAACAAGAUGUGUGGAUGGACUAUUACUUGGACUGUUAUUGAUCUUUAUUUUUGGGAUGCAACACUCCCACUACGGUAUUCCACCACCACAAGGAGAAGAAAAGACAGCGCUGAGGAUGACUACUCUUCUACAAAGACUGUGCUGUACUAAUAUGUUAGAAAAAAAAACAGCUGAGCUCAUAACAGAAAAAAACUACCUACCUUUUACCACAUUAGUCAUUUACAGCCGUUUUAUUUUACCUUUAUAGUAGGUGUAGGCUGUUCUCUGCCAAUACUACUGCAGAAUGUGAAACGUCCACUUUGUAAAUGAAUUUCUUGGACAAACAGUCAGCCAGUGGGCUCUUAUGUGUAGGAGAACAAGCUGAUUGUCACAGUGUACACAAAAUUGCUGA